AUGGCCUUUGUGAAGGAAUUGAUUGUCUGCGUCGUCUUCGUCGCUGUCGUUGUUAAGAGCUUCCCCAGAAUGUACGAGGGAAAUACGGUAGAGGAAGACAAUGGCGAGGGACAGACUGCAGAUAUAGAUCGGAAUGGACACGGGGGUCAUGAUCACGCGUACUCGUAUCAUCAUUUUGUCGGGCCAGUGACAGGCCAUCAUGAAGAGAUAACCUGGAAAGAUAAACACGGACACCAUCAUCAUGACUACAAGGCUCAUCCAAAGUAUAAAUAUUCCUACGGCAUAGAUGAUCAUCAUACUAAAGAUCAUCACGGACAGAAGGAACACCGUGACGGUAAACAUGUUGAAGGCGAAUAUCACAUCCAUGAACCUGGUGGCAAUGUCAGGAGCGUAAAAUAUCAUGCUGAUCCUCACGGCGGGUUUUACGCCGAAGUUCAUAACUACGGCGGAAACGAUCAUUCAGGUGGAACAUAUGGUGGUCAUAAACAUCGAUAA